AUGAAGACGGUUUCCGAAAAUAACAGAAACAUUCCGGACAAGAUGUCCAACAAAAAAGGUGGUCCCAGAAAGUUCUUGCAAACAUUGCAGCCGUCUGGCGGUGACAAAGAAAAUUUGGUUGGGACCGGCAGAUUUCGUGAACAUAAUUCUGAUACUAAAAUAUCGAAGCCACAAUUUAAGACUGAAGUAGAAGUAAAAUCCAAUGAAAAAAAGUGUUUAUUUUCAAAAGUAAAUCCAUCUCAAUACAAGAAGUUAAUUAUUGAAGAUCUCACUAGCACUAAUGGUCCUAGUGAAAAAUACUGGGAGGUUAUUGCAGAACGUCGUAGAAAGGCUUUGGAAGAAGUUCUUGAACAAAAUCGUAAAUUACAUACCAUAAUCAUGGCAUUGGAAGAAGAAAAUACAUCUUGUAAAAAAUUACUCGAACAAACAACUGAUCUUGUUAACACAUUAAAGGAAGUACUAAAUGAAGAAGAUGAUAAAUCAACUGAAGAUAAUGUCGAUAAUUACAUUUCGUCAAUCAACUCCAAUCAAAUAAACAGCAACAAUGAUUUUUCUGGCAGUGAAUCUGAAUAA